AUGCUUAGGAAUAUCCAAUUAAUAUUGCUCAUCUAAUCUUCUGAAAGAUUUGAUAAUAAAAAAAUUGAGAAUACAUUAAUUUGUUUCUAAGGGGUUGGUAAUUAAGAAUCGCUUGAGAAUAAAACAUUAACUUAGGAAAUUAAAUAAUAUUAUAAUUAGAGCAAAUUUCCUGUUGACAAUUCUAAUAAAUAAUUUGGAGAUACGAUAAUAGAUUUUUCCUAAUUUUGA